AUGGCUAUGAGAUCUGCUGCUUCCACCUUGCUCUCCGCUUCCACCAUCAUCACCAGAAACUUUCAUGCCUCUCCUGGAAAGAAGAAGAUUGUAGGUGUUUUCUACAAAGGCAAUGAGUAUGCUGCAUUGAAUCCAAAAUUUGUGGGAUGUGUUGAAGGAGCAUUAGGUAUACGCGAGUGGUUGGAAUCACAAGGACAUGAAUACAUUGUCACUGAUGACAAAGAAGGACUCAAUUCUGAACUUGAGAAGCACAUUCCUGAUCUUCAUGUCCUGAUAUCUACACCAUUUCACCCUGCCUAUGUUACUGCCGAAAGAAUUAAGAAAGCUAAGAAUUUAGAGCUACUUUUGACUGCCGGGAUUGGUUCUGAUCACAUUGAUCUCAAAGCUGCGGCUGCUGCUGGUUUAACCGUCGCAGAGGUCACAGGAAGCAACACAGUAUCUGUUGCUGAGGAUGAGCUCAUGAGAAUUCUCAUUCUCAUGAGGAAUUUUGUGCCUGGUUACCAUCAGGCUAUUACAGGAGAAUGGAAUGUUGCUGGCAUUGCACAUAGAGCCUAUGAUCUUGAAGGAAAGACAAUAGGAACGGUUGGUGCUGGGCGUAUCGGGAAGCUUUUACUCCAAAGGCUGAAACCUUUUAACUGUAACCUUUUAUAUCAUGAUAGACUCAAGAUGGAGCCUGAAUUGGAGAAAGAAAUUGGAGCUAAGUUUGAAGAGGACGUCGAUGCAAUGCUUCCUAAGUGCGAUGUAAUUGUUAUCAACACGCCUCUCACUGCUAAGACAGAAGGAAUGUUUGACAAAAAUAGAAUCGCCAAGUUGAAGAAAGUUGCUGAUGCUUGCGCUAGUGGACACAUUGGAGGUUACAGUGGUGAUGUUUGGUUCCCUCAACCAGCUCCAAAAGAUCAUCCAUGGCGCUACAUGCCAAACCAUGCCAUGACUCCUCAUAUUUCUGGAACCACCAUAGAUGGACAGUUACGCUAUGCUGCUGGAGUCAAAGAUAUGCUUGAGAGGCACUUCAAGGGUGAAGACUUUCCCAAACAGAACUACAUUGUGAAGGAGGGUGAAUUAGCAAGCCAAUACCGGUGA